AUGUUAGUACAAGAAUAUUUGAGUAUAUUAGAAGAAACCCCAAUGGAAAUACAAAAAGUAUUAGUAAGAGUUAAUGAACUAGACCAUUUAAUAUCUGAAGAGAAGAAGGAAUUAGAAUUAGAAUUAGAAAUAAUCAAUAAAAUACUAAAUGAUGACUCUUCUGGUAAAGGAGUAGACAAAGAAAGAAUAGACAAACAAUUACAGAUAAUUAACAGAUCGUAUCUAAAACUAUUAGACACGGACAAGAAGAAACUAUCCUUAAUUAAAUCAUUGCAAAAUCAGUUAAACACAGCAAAAAGUGCAAUGAAAUCAUCUUCAGUUGAAUUUAAAGAAGGAAUAGCAAAGAGUUCCAUUACAAUGAAACUAAAAGGGAUUCUGUCACUAUUAGACUAUAAAAUAGAAGAAGACAAUAAAGAAGAAGAAAUAUUAUGCUGUACGUGUAAGAGACCCAGUAAAGGAGAAAUGAUCGUAUGUGAUAAUGCAGAGUGUCCUAUUGAAUGGUACCACAGUGCAUGUGUCGGCAUAAAGGGCACACCAAAGAAGAAAUGGGUUUGUAAUAUUUGUACAAAAGAAUGAAAAUGUAAAAAU